UGAUCUCGCCCGUGCGCAUGCUCUGGUUCGCGGCGGAGAGCUGGGGGCGGCGGCGGCGGGCGAAGAUCAUGAACGCGUUCAUGGGGCGCUUCGGGGUGCCGUCCGCGUUGAGUGUCUGCGCGAUGAGCGCGGCGUUGGGUUCGGCCUCUAGCAGACGUUAUGUUAGUGGGCGCGGGGGGGAGAGGGGAGCGCACCCGUGUGGUGCGCGUCUCGCGCGUCUCCGCGAGGAUCGGGGGCUGCGGGGACGUCUCGCGGUCCGGCCUGGGCAUCACGAGCGUCAUCGUCGCUGGCGGGGCGUGCGGGGGAGGGGGCGCGGCUCAUAGGCUCGCGGGGGGAGGCAGGAGGGAGACGGAGAGCGCGCGGGUGGUGGAGGCUAAGUAUGUGGCCGCGCAGAUGUCGCCGGUUUCCUUUCCCAGCGCGCGGCGAUGUUGACGUACGGGCGUGCGCCCGGGCCAGUCCCAGAACGGGCGCGGGGGGCGACCCGGCUCGCCAUCUCGCCGCUCAGAUCUCGCGAACCGUGGGUGGGGAAGCGGUCAGGUGUGUCCGCGCACAGGCACCGUCACGACGGACACAAACGAGACCAUCACCCCCUCGUCGUCUCUUCCCUCUCCCGCGGCGGCAGCACCAGCAGCACCGUCCCCGGCGCCCGCCCCAGCAUACACUCUGGCGAGAAUAUCGCGAACGUCUGCCGACCAACUCCCAGCCCAGCACUCGAAGGCGCUCGCCCAGAUCACCAGACCUCUCGCCCGGAGACAUCACCUCAAUUCAACCGCGAUCACCAUUGCGGCCCAUCACCGUGCAUGUCUGUCACUCGUCCAUCACGAGAAUGUCGGCGGUGGCGGCUCUCGAAACAAGGUGGAGGCGACGAGCAGCGGACGCGCUGGCACCUGUUUUCCGGGAGUACUCGCCUGCUUCCCGGGCUCGGAAGCUCGGUGCUCGAGAACCUGUUUUCGCUCGAGCACUUGUUUCUCGCGCUCGGCAGCUCCAGCACCGGAUCCCUCUCCCUGUCCUCGCUUCACGGCGCGUCGAUCAUCGUCCUAGGCGCCCCGGGUGGCGCGCGAGGGGUGUUUGGCGCUACCGGGGGCGCGUCUCGCGCUACCGGGAGCUCCUCGUGCGUCGAUGUCGGGUCUCCGCCCUCGACGUCGGCUCCUCGACCUGCGGUGGCGCGGCUCGCUCCAGGUGCUGCGGCAGGACCCCGAUUCCUGACUCCUCUCGCUGGUUCUGGUGGAUUAUCUCGGGUCGUUGACUACUCAGCUUGUCGCAGUCGUACUUUGGAUCCCAUACUUCUCGAUCCAUCAGGUUGCAGCGCUCUCUGGCUCUGUUCCCGACGUACUGUUUCGUGUCAUCAACGAUGAACCUUUCCAUUUUCGUUCUCCAGGCAAAUUCCCAUCCGUCUCAGGCCCUCCAUCUUCUCGUUUUGUUCUCGCAGGCCUUCAUCUUUUCGUUCUGUUCUCGCAUUCUGACGGCG